UCCCAGACUGAUCUGCAAACCGUUCAGCCGCCAGGAAACCCCCGGAUUGUAACACGCACAGCCAGCCUAUUGGAGAGCAGACCCAAAGUGAAACCAAAAGAAAUUAGUAAAAAACUCAGAUGAUGCGCACUUUUCAACAGCAGGAUUUCUAAGACAAGAGGUGAAAUGAAGCGGAUAAGCCUCCUUGCUGCUUUGCUGGUUCUGUGCUGCGCGUCUUGCUCUGCAGAACGUCUUUCUGUAACGGGCACAGAUAUUGCUGUUUUUGCUUCUGCUGGUGAGGAUGUCAUUCUGAACUGCACCGUGGAUACCCAUGUCCCUCUGGAGGAGCUGGAGGUGCAGUGGAGGAAGGUAAACCCCGAUAUCUUGGUGCAUCUGUUCUCUGAAGGAGAAGACCGGCCCGAAUCUCAGCAUCAACGCUUCCAGGACCGCACCGACCUGUUUCACAAGGAGCUGGCCAAAGGAAAUUUCUCAUUAAAGUUGAAGAGUUUGAGAACUGAGGACAAGGGGAAAUACAAAUGCAUCGCCCACACAAAUAGCGAAUCAGCCGAGGCCUUUGCUGAACUGAAGGAACUGGGUUUCUCUUCACUUCAUAUUGGCGUCUUAUUAAUGACUUUUACAGCACUAGUCGUGUCUGUUUCAACAAGCACCCCAGCCUUGCUGUUUCUGUUGGGUAAAUAUAAAAGCAGGCAAGCAUGGCGUUGCUGUCUUGUAAACUGGUGCAUCCCCUGCAUUUUCAUGACUGUUGCAUUUGUGCUCUGGGGUGUAAUUGAAGGAUUUAUGCGUGAAGGGAUAAUGUGUGCAGCUGUGACUCUCUCAAGGAUCCUGCUUACAUUGUUAAUGGCACCUCCUUCAGUAAACAUGCCAGUUACUCUUCCCAAAGUGAUCACGUGUAGAGCUAUUUUCUUCAUCCAUUUUGUUAUUUUAACUGUGAUGUUUUCACGAUAUAGCAAUGAAUUAUUGAGAACCGAUUCACCAAAGAUCCUGAAAAUUGUGUACGUUGCAUUUGCCGUUUUCCUGUCCUUCGUGGAACUGCUGUUCUGUGUUGCUAAAGGAUGCUUUCGAGGUCGUCUUAAUCAAAUCCAAAGAUAUGGGACAUCAGGCACAGUUUUCGAUUUUGCUCUUAUAAUUAAUACUGCAGUGUUCCUCUUAUCCUAUAGUUUGCUUGCCAGCUUUAUGGGAGCUGAACGUCUGCAAUUGGAUUUCCUGCAAGUAUUAGGUUAUGUCAUUGGAAUGUUUGGGAUAACUGUUAUUAUGCUGAUACUGCCUUCGCUUCUAAUACUGUGCCCUGGGAAAUUUUUAUUUUACAAUAUCACUUCUACGAUUUUGUUUAUACUUCAUCUCAUAUUGGUUUCCUUGUUACUGAACAUGUUUGGAAGUCAUGAAAAAGGAAGUCAUGGGCUGAUUUGUGAAGUGACUUUUCUCUACAGUCUAGCAGCAAUAGCUUGUUUUGAGGAGCGAGACAAUAUUCCAGUUACACUUUCCAUACUCCUGUAUAUGUUUGGAACUACAGUUUUAGCUGUGGUGAACUCGGUUGCACUGAUAACAGAGCUGAUUCUACAGGCAGACAGUGGCUAUAGACGAGUGACGGAUCUUCGUCUUAUUGUCUUGCCCUUUGAGUGCCUGUUUUUAAUGGGAUGGCUCGGUUUGCAGAUCUAUGCAUACUGCGUGGAAGAAAAAGACAGGAUUCAGCAACGAGAGAGAAAGAGAGAACUGGCUCCGAUCCACGUUGCUCAGGAAUUACAGCCAUUGUCUGAUCAUAAUGGAUCAAGGGUGCAGCAGGAACACCGGCCUGCUGAAAGAAAGGAAGAUUUGUAAACUACAAAUGGAAGAGCUCAACGACCAUGCCAGCGUUUACUGGAAAAGGAACUUCAUGCCUGUGAGCUUCGUUGCCCGGAUGCUUCCUCUCAAGCUGCGAUGUCUGUUGCACCUCAUCAGAUUGCUGUUUCAGACAUGCCUGAUUGAAAGAGCAGAGUCUGCAGGACUCCUCUUAACUGCACUGCACAGCGUACACCGUUCCCAGCUUGCUUAUUUAUUUCCUUAAUUUCCUAGUUGCUGAUUAUUCUUAAUGUACCAGAGGCUUGUAGUUCACUUUUUUUUCUUGUGUCAUGUUGUUUUGUGAAUUUGCUUUUUAAAGAAUGUGCUGUAUGGUGUACAGGAGGAGGCGCACUGUUGAAUGUUUUUAUUGUAUAUAUUUUUAAAAUAAUUUGACAGUAGGCUGCCUCUGAUAGGCCUGACCAAGGUGGAAUUUCUGUAAUGAAACCUGUAGAAAAAUGUACAGAUAAACAACAUUUUGAAUACUAGCCAUUAUGAAGCUUUUUAUAUAUAAUUAAAAUAUUUCUUUUUUUUUUUUUUUUUUACAAAUUCUCAGAAUUCUUUUGUUUUUUUGUUGUUGUCGGUGAAUCCAUCUGUCAUCAAUUAUUUUCCCUGCAAUAGCUCUAUUCUCCUACCUCUACAAAACACCUGAAUAAAGACCCUGCCCUCUCCUGCAUGAAGCCUUCAUUCAGACCCUGCCGUCUUCUGCAUGAAGCCUCCAUUCAGACCCUGCCCUCUCCUGCAU